CUUUGUGUACCUUUUCACAUAAUAGUAAAACAGAUUGUGGUUUUUAUGGAGUGAGUGGUAUUAUAUCUGUCAAUCUAAUGACGUUAAAAACCUUAAAUGUGUGAAAUUCAGAAUUAUUCUGUUGAGCAUAAGGAUAUUUAUAUGAAUAAAUAUUCGGUGUGCUCAGACAUGGAUUUGUAUAUUACCGACUCACUCCAGGACAUGCUGGACAUGGAUAUCAAAAAUGAAAUAGCAACAGACCUCAGUAGUAUCACAGAUUUUUCAGACUCCUUAGGUCUUAAUUUUACUGAUUUGCCACCAUUAUUAGAUAUGGAUACAGAGACUUCAACAUCGUGGCUAAAUCACACUUCUAGUUUUGUACAUAAUCUAGAUUUAUAUGGAUCAGAAGCAAAUGCCGUUAUGGUCAACCCUAAUUCCGUCAUGCCAUCAACAUUUGCUGAAACACCAGUAAAAAAUAUUGUUAAAGAGGAGGCCUCAAACUUACUGCUAACUUCAGCAGCGACAAACACAGAUUUAGAUAGUAGCCCAUCACUACCAAGUCCUAAAGAAGAGAAGAGUCAUCUAACAUUUUCACCCAAUGCGAUCAAAGUUUCAAAACCCAAAGAAACCGAAGAGUCCGCGCCAAAAAAAUUAGAAGAAGCCACACAAAUGGUCAUUUACGUACGAAAACAAGAAAAGAAUGUCGUUAAAGAUUUAAUAAAAGACUUGGAUAAGUCUAAAGUUAACAAUAACACACCGACAGUGAGAAUAAAAACAACGCAACCAGAAAUCCUUAAAGUAAACAAUAAAAGCUGUUCUAUAUUAAAUACAAGCCAAAAAAUAACGCAACAGAUUGGCACUACCACUAAAACAAUUAUUUCGGGCAAUAUACACAUAUUGGACGCUAAGCAAUCUAGAACAAUUUUAAGUAAUGGUAACAAAAACCAGGCAACAAUAUUGAUCGAUAAUUCAUCGUUAAAUAAUAAUAGGCAAAUAUUCAAAACUUCAGUUAGUGGAGCUUUUACUGUAGAUACUAACCAAGCUAAAUAUGUAAAUACUAGUAAUAAAGGUACAGUCAGCGAAUUUCCCAAACCAGCAUAUUCGUAUUCAUGUCUAAUAGCGAUGGCUUUAAAGAACUCAAGAACAGGAAGUCUUCCUGUUUCAGAGAUUUAUAAUUUUAUGUGUCAACACUUCCCUUAUUUUAAAACUGCUCCAAAUGGAUGGAAAAACUCAGUACGACAUAAUCUUAGUUUAAAUAAAUGUUUUGAAAAAAUUGAAAAACCAUCUACAAAUGGAAGCCAAAGGAAAGGGUGUCUAUGGGCUAUGAAUCCAUCAAAAGUAGGGAAAAUGGACGAAGAAGUUCAAAAGUGGUCACGAAAAGAUCCACAGGCUAUAAAAAAGGCUAUGGUUUAUCCAGAAAGCUUAGAAGCAUUGGAAAGAGGAGAAAUGAAGUACAGCGGUAUAGGUGGCGACAUGGAUGCUGAUGACGACGCGGACGGAGAUGCAGACGCCGAACUAGAUGUAGAUAUAGAAUUAGACCCAGAAAUUAAAGAGGAAGUAGAGGAAGAAGAGGCUAUUAUUGAACAGGAGAUGUCAGACCAAGAAUUAGAAGUGGAGGAAGUUGUAGAAGGCACAGGCAUGGUCGGCGGCACUUAUAGGUUACUAGCAACGGGACCGUCUUCGCUCACAUCUUAUAUAACUGACGUGGAAUCUGGUGAAGAAGUUAGCGAUGUAGAGGUAUUGGAUCAACCGUAUGAAGAAAUUGAUAUUGACCUUACAAAACCCGUAAAAUUGGAUUUGUCUUUAACGGAAGACUAUACAAUGCAUUCAGCCAAACGAGCGAAAACAAAUUUGGUUUACCAGCCUGUUUCCACACAAACGCACACGAGCAGACGAAAAACGCCCCUUGUCAAUAGAAUCGCAUUGAUAUAAUUAAAAUUGGUAAAUAUUAAAAAAUGUAAUUCAUAAAAAUGUGAUUGUAAUGAUAUGGGGUCAAUGGUAGUAUGACAUGUAGUAUCUCCAAUUAUUGUUCCAUUACUAUUAGAUUAGAGACGAAUAACGCGAUUACUAGUAAUUAGCUGUGAAUUGUGUAAAGUUAUGAGUUUGUUGAGUGCAAACGUGAUAGUCUGUACCAGAUAAGUGUAUUUACAUACAUAUGAUACAAGCUUGACACACUUGUUACAUAUCUUCACUGUAAAGUAGUCUUUAUUUUUUAUGUGAAGAAAUUCGAAAUCCGAAUAUAAAGAAUCUUUUAGACAUUGUAGAUAUAUUAGGGUUUAAUUGUACAUCCGUUAUUUUUUCCUUUUCAUGUUUUAGAUAUAUUCUAUUCAAUCAUAAUACACACAAACAGUACAAAAAUCUAUUUUGCUGCCAGUAUAACUUCGGCGUUCAUCUACUUAAUUAAUCAUCGAAAACUUAUUAAUAUGAUAAAUAAUUCUUAUUAGAUAAUAAUUCAAUAUCCAUGCCCGAGCGAACACUAGCGGGUAUAUUAAGUAAAGAUCCCACCGCUUAUAUGUAAAUAUUUAUACAUGUAUUUGUUAUAUUUUCAUACAAUUCAAAAUUAUUUUAUGUAUACAUUUGUAUUUAUAAUAAUGAACUUCAGUAAAUAUUAAGUAGGAUUUUUUGUUUUUUUUUUUUUUUUUUUGAAAUAAAUCGCGUAGAUUUAGAAGUGUGUGUCUGUAAUGUAAUAUUUGUUUAUUUGACUUUGAACAUAGCUACGUGAUAAGUUAUAUAAUAUAAUAUAUGUGAAAUUAUUACUUUUCCUGUAAGGACUGCUAAAGGCGUAUUGACACAAUACCAUAAAAUUCCAAAUGCAAUUAUAUAUACAUAUAAUCUAUUUUUUUUUUUUUUAUAUACUAAACGCAAAUAAUAAACAAUGUUAUCAUGUCUUUUUAUCGAAUUCAGUCAUUUACAAGUAUAUAUUGCUCUACAAAAAGUGCCUACUUCCGUUUUUGGAAGUUGUUUAAAAGAUAAAACAAACGAAAUCCAUCAUUAUUAACGCCUUGUCUAUUCCCGUUUAUUUGGGGUCGGAACACUGUCUUCUAUUACAAAUCUGUGUCAACUGUCAUUUUUGGGCUCUCUUAAUUACCUUUUCUUUGAUUUUUAUGGAUAGUUUUAGAACUUCUGGUAAUAAUAAUCUAUAAAUAAUCAAUCUUCGAGUGUUGGCAGUUGCACGCAUAUUAAACGUAUAUUAAAUAGUAGCGAAAUUAAACAAUUGCAAUCAGUGAUAUAGACUUCCCCAAAAUAACAUCUAGUUCAGUAAAAUAUUUUCGUUGGUCGUCGAAUAUGCAAUAAUAUCUAAUGAAUUUAAACUUUUUUUUUUUAUUUUAUUCAUUUUAACUUCGAUAAAAAGAUAUCAAAAUUCUUUACUAACUGUGCCAAGAAUAAAAAAAAAAGAAAAUACUUGUUAUUAUUUAAGCUUCGUUCACACAUUGAGGAACCGUGAUUCCUAUUAAAUAGCUAUUUAUAACGAAUGAUUAAUUAUUAUUUUUGGACUGUAAACUAUUAUGAUGUUAUUCAUAUGCUCGUGAAACGUGAAAAAUAAUAAUAUUAAUCAGGACGAAUCGCCACUUCUUUUCACGAUUCGGUUCUUAUUAAUAUGAACGUCCAUUCCUCUUUAUGUAGCUUUGACCCGACAAGGUCAGUUGAGCUGAGGUCAAUGUUUGAUUUGACGAAUCAUAUUGAAUCGCGGUUUUUAUAUGUAAACUCGUCAGUGACGAUUGUAUGUGUGAAUUGAUUAUUACAUUUAAUUUGGUAAAUACCUGAACAAUAUAAAGUUGAUUGUCGGCAAUUAGCAACUUUAAUUUAUAUUUAAUAUGGAAUUCGUAGAAGUGGAGCAUAUAAGCUAUCAAAUAUAUAGGACCAUAUUAUAUCCUAAAGUCCUACAAACAGACUACAAAUCACGACCUCACUACACGAAAUUCCUAAACUGCAAUAGAUAUACAUAUAUUGUAAAACAACAAUCAGUAAAACUAUUGUUAAAAUAAAAGAAAAAAGUGCAACAUUAGUUUAGUAAACUGGUUUAGAUUAUGUUCCUAUAUAUUUUAUAGUGUAACUAAUGAUAUAUAGAAACCUAUAUAUACAUUACUUAAUUUCUCGGUAUGUUUUUACAAAAUCAGCCGUAAGUAUAUUAAUAAAUUAUGUUAGUUCAAAAUUUAAAUGAUAUGACUAAUUAAAACUGAGUAUUAAAUAAAAUAUGUUGAUUAUCUGGUAUCCGAGACAUGUAUAAAGAAAUAUUCUCUUCAAUUAUGUAGAUACCUUCAUACAUUACCAUUAGUUCAGAUACAUGUUCUUUCACUUAAAACAUUUUAUUAUGGAGAUAACUAUGUUGUAACUGAUGGAACAUGUUUUACAAUAAAGUUAAAAUCUGCUUAUAUAAUAUAUAGCUGCCACCACAAGAGUUAAGUUAUAACACCUAUAUGCGUAUAUGUGGAAUUAUAUGUGUAUAUAUAUAUAUAUAUAUAUAUAUAUAUAUAUAUGUAUGUAUAAUUUCAUCGCUCAUCGUAGUUUAUAUUUGCAGACGAAUCCUGAAUAAAUUGCGAAAUACGAAAUACUUUGUUGCGAGUUAAAAACUGAAAUAUCUGGUAAAAGACUACUCCGCGCUCGUAUAUCGUGGAUUGUUAACAUUUCGAGUCUGAAUAUUAAACCCACUUAACUCUUAUAAUGGCACCUAUACAUAAAAUGAUUUAUGGACAAACAUUUAUUUUAUAUUUCAAAUUUGUAUAUGUUUUCUUAUGUAAAAUAUAUAAAUAAAUGUAUUUAUAUGUUUUAUUUGAUAGAACAUGAUUAACAAUAUUGUAAAAAAAAAAACAUCUACUUAGUCAUAUAAAGUGUGAGCGAAUUUAGAAUGAAUGUUGUAAUUGGUUGUGUUGGUAGAUCUCUUGAAUUUAAAUAAUGAUAUUUCAGUUCAUAAUUAGCAUUUAUAUGUAAAGAAUAUUGUAAAAUACAUCAAAAUUAAUAUAAUCAUGAGUGCUGUCACAAAUAAAAAUAGUGUUUGCAUGAAAACAGUUGUUUCAUGAAUAUACGUUAACAUUCCAUUUUUUAUGUCAGUCCUGUGAGUUCCGUGACACUGUGUUGACCAAUGGAAACGUAUUUAAUUUAGUGAAAAAUAAUUAACACUGACUAAAACUUAACUAUGGUUCAAAAAUAGGGUAUGUGGUCAUAAUAGUCAAAUUUUGAAUUAUUUGGCUCCAGUAAGAAUAGUUUCCAUUUCUAGCGAAUGUAUUCACCAUUAAGGCAUUUCAAUGCUAAAGUCUUAAUGCUUUAGAAGUAAACAAUUAGAAGAAACUGUGAUAUAAAAUUACUAUAAAUUGAAAUAAGAGUGAUUCUCAAAUAAAUGUGUAAUUGCUAAUAUUGUAGUAAGUAUAAAAUUAGGUAGGUAUAUAAAGUAAAUAAUACCUAGUAAUAUAACAAUAUAUUGUCUAGAUGCGCAAUAAAAAUACAUUAACAUUUAAAAAUAAAUUUUGCUUAAUGGCUAUUUAUAUUACUAUAGAGAGAUAAUGAAUAUUAAAAAUACGCCUAAUGACAUAAUUUAUACCAAUUUAUUAAAUGUAUUGUCAUCUUACAUUUUAGGAAAAGUUAGACUUUAACUGAAAAUGUGGAAUAGUGUAACAUUCGCUAUAAAUGAUUUUUUCUAUUUUAGUACUAAUAUAGCCACAUUGGUACCUACCAGCACAAAUCACUGUGCCCUAUUAUAGUAAAAUUAUUAAAAAGUAGUGGUUUGGCAUACAAAUAACUUAUUUGAAUAUUUGUAUUUAGGAUAUGUAUCUUGCGAUCGUGGUAUGUUGGAAUAAAUUGCCAGUGAGGGAUCGAAAUUUAAAUAUACUUUUACGAUACUAAAAAAUACUGUAAGAAUAAAUUAGGUGCUUUUGUAUACUAUUUUUUAAAGUAGAACAGUGCAAUUUUGUAAAUACAUAUAUAAUGAAAUCACCUUUUUACUUUACUAGAUAAUUCUAAUAAAUUAAGCUAAAUUGAAUCAGUAGGGACCUCUCAUAAACAACAAUUGUCAUGAAUAUGUGCUCAAUGCAUUUAUGUGUAGGUACUGUAAUUAACACAAUAAUAGUACCCAACAAAUAUGAGCGCGCUCUUCUAUGUAAAUUCGCUCACAAAUCUCACAGUUCAUUUUUUUGUUACAAAAUUACAGUGAUGUAUAACAAAGGUGUUAACGAUUAUUUUGCCAACCUUAUUCUUCCAUGUUAAGUUUUAUUAACAAUGAAUGAGCCAUAUUAUGUAAUAGAUACAUUAUAACAGUUGUCACAAGUGUAAUGUGGCCUGUAAUUUUGUAUGUACAGUAAAAAUACUAGUAGUUAAUGUAUUUUUCCACUGCCAGUAUUUCAACAUCCAUGUUAAGUAGGAAAUUAGUACGUAAGUUGGAUAAUGAUAAUGUUUAGUUUAUGUUUAGUGUUGCAUUAAGAAGAAUAAGUUGAAUGAUUUUUAAUAACAUUUUUAUAAUAAAAAUUUAAUGAAUAGAA